UAUUCAGUCAAAUGAUUGUAAAAAAUAGGUAAUUACUUUGUACCUUAAAAAUAUUAAUGUAUUUACAUAAAAUGAUACAUUAAUCUUCUAGAGAUGACUACUCAGUAUAAAAAAUUCAUCAAAUUGAUUGCUAAAUGGCCCUUAGAUAACACUAAAGGUGACAGAGACCUCGGAAAGUUUAUAAGGGAUCGAGUAAAAGUGGCUUUUGAGACUUCUGAGAGGCAAAAUUUGGACUCGGAACUGUGCAAUCGUCAAUACACCGCGCUGAAUAAAAUAGCCGACAAUCACUACAAAAAUAAAUACAAGAGGAGCAAGAACAGCACAUCAACCGGCCUGAGCACUGAGGAGUGUAACCUUAUCCUCUCCAAUGAAGUGCUUGCUUAUUUAAAGGAAGAAAACAAAGUGCUCUCACGGACGCUGGCCACAGAGCCUAUAGAAUACAAAGACCAUACUCCUGUAAUGUUAAAAGAAGCAAUAAAAUACCUGAAUCCCAAAGAUGAUGAACUUUACAUUGACAUGACAUUUGGAGCCGGUGGACACUCAAGGAGAUUACUGGAAUCAGCUAAUUGCAAACUCAUCACCUUAGAUAGAGAUCCCACAGCUUUUGAGAAAGCUAAGAAACUUGCUGAACAAUAUCCUAACAGAGUGACACCUUUAUUAGGCAGGUUCAGUGAACUGCCAGUACUUUUAAAGAAAAUAGGAAUUGCUCAAAGGUCUAUAGAUGGAAUCUUGUUUGAUUUUGGAUGUUCUUCCAUGCAGUUAGAUAAUAGUGAAAGAGGAUUUUCUGUUAGUAAAAAUGGUUACUUAGAUAUGAGAAUGGAUGCAGAUCGGGAUCCUAACCAAAUCACAGCCAGAGAAGUAUUAGCCACAGCCAAUGAGCAAGAGUUGUACAAAAUAUUCAAAAUAUAUGGGGAGGAGAAAAAGGCGGCAAAAAUCGCACAAACAAUUAUACAUGCCCGAUAUAUGAUUAAAAAUAUAGAAACCACUCAUGAAUUGGUAGAUGUUGUUAACUCUUGUUGUCCAGAUGAACUCAGGCUAGACAAACUACAAAGGCCACAGUCCAAUGCCACCAAAGUAUUUCAAGCAUUAAGAAUUUUUGUAAAUAAUGAGCUCAAUGAAAUGAACUAUGGCAUGGUUUUAUCAAAGUAUUACUUAAAAAUAAAUGGGAGACUUGUUACCAUAUGCUUCCACUCUUUGGAAGAUACAAUAGUUAAGCGUCAUAUAGCAGGGAAUAUAAUCAAUGAAGUAGCUAAUCCUGUGCCAUUGAAGUAUUUGAGUCCAACAUUAGUGCAGGAUCAAGAUACGAUAGAUCACUUCUUGGACACACCAUGGAGAGCCAUCAACAAGCACGUGGACGUGCCGUGUGACGAGGAGGUGGAGCGCAACCCUCGCAGCCGCAGCGCGCGCCUCCGAGCCGCCAUCAAGAUCAAGUAGCCAUGAAUAUCUUUGUAAUAUAGUUUAGCUGCAAAAUAAAGAUAGUCAACAUUCUGG